AAAAACGGUGGUGACGUUACUCCGCGCGGAGGGAGGGAGAAGAGGGAGAAAGAGCUCGCCUCCAUUAAACCGAAGCCUGUUGGAAAACUGUUUGGGAUACUUCACUUCUUCGGCUUGCCCUUGGUGGAUUUCUCUCCGUUUUUAUUGCCCGAAUUACAUUAUAUGCAUGAUUUAAAGAGGGGAGGCUCGUUCUGUGCCGUGUAGUGAAAAAUAAAGUAGUGUUUUUUUUUCGUCUUUGUGAAGGCAGGAUGGCUCUGGAUGGGAUCCGGAUGCCCGAUGGCUGCUAUGCCGACGGGACGUGGGAGUUGAAGAUUCAUGUCACCGACCUCCACAGGGACGUGUCUCUGAGGGUCACCGGGGAAAUCCACAUCGGUGGAGUUAUGCUCAAACUGGUGGAGAAACUAGAUGUGAAGAAGGACUGGUCAGACCAUGCCCUGUGGUGGGAGAAGAAGAAGACAUGGCUGCUGAAAACUCACUGGACAUUGGACAAGUAUGGCAUCCAAGCUGAUGCCAGGCUGCUGUUCACGCCCCAACACAAGCUGCUGCGCCUCCAGCUGCCCAACAUGAAGCACAUGAAGGUCAAGGUGAACUUCUCAGACCGGGUCUUCAAGGCUGUGUCCGACAUCUGCAAAACCUUCAAUAUCCGCCACCCAGAGGAGCUGUCUCUACUGCGCAAACCCCGUGAUCCUAAGAAGAAAAAGAAAAAGUUGGAAGAGGCAGAGGAGGACGAUCUGGAGCUGGAGGGUCCACUUUUGACUCCUGGAUCAGCCUCUGAGAUAAUAUACAUCGGACCUGUCAAAGGGAGCAUCUACUCUAGUCCAGGAUUGUACAGCAAGACAAUGACCCCAACCUACGACUCCAGGGACGGCAGCCCCCUGUCGCCCACCACGGCCUGGUUCGGGGAUAGCCCCCUGUCUGAGGGCAAUCCCAGCAUCCUCGCUGUCAGCCAGCCAAUUUCCUCACCAGACAUCCUGGUCAAACUCUACAAGCCCCAGUCACUGCUGGACAAAGCCAAGAUCAAUCAGGGAUGGCUGGACUCAUCCAGGUCUCUCAUGGAGCAGGAUGUAAAGGAGAAUGAAGUGCUGCUCCUGAGGUUCAAAUACCACAGUUUCUUUGAUCUCAACCCAAAGUAUGAUGCCAUCCGAGUUAACCAGCUCUACGAGCAAGGGAAGUGGGCCAUCCUGCUGGAGGAAAUUGAGUGCACAGAGGAGGAAAUGAUGAUGUUUGCUGCCCUGCAGUACCACAUCAACAAGCUGUCAAUCAUGUCCUCAGACAAUCACAUGAAUAACAGUGAGAAGGAGGUGGAUGAGGUGGAUGCAGCCCUGUCUGAUCUGGAGAUCACUUUGGAGGGAGGAAAGACAUCCAACACAUUGGGUGACAUCACAUCUAUUCCUGAACUAGCAGACUAUGUCAAAGUCUUCAAACCCAAGAAACUGACGCUCAAGGGCUACAAGCAGUACUGGUGUACAUUUAAGGACAUCACAAUUUGUUGUUACAAGAGUAAAGAGGAGUCACAUGGGACACCUGCUCACCAAAUGAACCUGAGAGGUUGCGAGGUAACGCCAGAUGUUAAUAUCUCUGGUCAGAAAUUUAACAUCAAGCUGCUAAUCCCUGUAGCAGAUGGCAUGAAUGAGAUCUGGCUUCGGUGCGACACGGAGAAACAGUAUGCGCACUGGAUGGCUGCCUGUCGCUUGGCCUCCAAAGGCAAGACCAUGGCCGACAGCUCGUACAACCUGGAGGUCCAGAACAUUUUGUCCUUCCUCAAGAUGCAGCACAUGAACCCUGAUCCUCAGUUCAUUGAACCAAUCACCAGUGACAUCAACCCAGAGUGUCUGGUGUCACCCCGCUACCUUAAGAAGUACAAAAACAAGCAGAUUUCUGCCCGGAUUCUCGAAGCCCACCAGAACGUGGCCCAAAUGAGUCUCAUCGAGGCCAAGAUGCGCUUCAUCCAGGCAUGGCAGUCCCUGCCCGAGUUCGGCAUCACUCAUUUCCUCGCAAAGUUCCAGGGCGGAAAGAAGGACGAGCUGAUUGGAAUCACCUAUAAUCGUUUGAUCCGGAUGGAUGCCCACACAGGAGAUGCUAUCAAGACCUGGCGCUUCAGCAACAUGAAGCAGUGGAACGUCAACUGGGAGAUCAAAAUGGUGACGGUGGAAUUCGCAGACGAGCCGAGUCUGUCUUUCAUCUGUGCUGAGGUGGACUGCAAGGUGGUCCACGAGUUCAUCGGCGGCUACAUCUUCCUGUCAACUCGCGCCAAGGACCAGAACGAGUCACUAGACGAGGAAAUGUUCUAUAAGCUGACCAGUGGCUGGGUCUGAUCACCUCCAGAGCAGCAGCGGUCACUGAGUGCAGGUCUGGGCCUGGAUUGGAGUGUCUGGGCUGGGAGGGGAAUCUGAAUGGUAUUUGUUUAUUUUAUUGUAUCUCUCCGUCUUUUUAAGUGUUUGGAACUGUGCUGAAGAGUCCAGAAACAGCA